CUUCUUCUUCUUCUUCUUCUUCUUCUUGGUGGUGGUGUGAUUGCUUGGAGGUGUGUUUGAGCGUUUGGUGUUUGGUGUUUGGUUGCGUGAGGAGCGGCUGACGCACUUCACAUCCCUUCAUUGCGUGGGCGCUGCACGUUCCAGACGGCCGCACGCCAGAGACGAAGAAGCAAGCAAGCAAGAAGUCCUUCUGUCUUUCUUUGUUCUGUGUCGUGGUGUUGGGAAACCGCGCUCUGCUUCCCACACCCAACAAACAAACAUCACAUCUCGUCAUCGACAAGACUGCGUGCGACAGCCGGAGCAAUCGACAACAACAUAAGCUACUCUUCGUGCCACAGUUCACACACCCGCCACAGAACUGAACCAACCACUGCGCUUCCCCAGUCGCUGUUGGUGGAACACGCUUUUGUUGAUCCAAAGCAUCGACCUGCAACCAUGGGCAACACAUGCGCCACGGGUCGCCGACGAUACCAAGUCAUUUCAGGCGACGAAGUGGCACAGGAGACAACCUUUGACGCCACAACCGACACAACACAGCAGGCCGCUGCCUCCCUGUCUGCACAGCAAGCGCUCGUGCGCACACACAGCGAACAUGCGGAUGAACUCGACACAGAACCGCAGACACAGGCUGAGCAAACAUACACGCUGGCUGUGGCGAACCUGAAGCUGGAGCGAAGUGACUCGCUUGAGAACCUGCUCACGUGCGCCAUCUGCCUCGACUUUCUGUUCGAGCCCGUUCGCUCUACGUGUGGCCACUCGUUCUGCCGCACGUGCCUCCGCCGCCUCCUUGAAUUCGACGGCUCUCGGGCCAACUGUCCCAAGUGCCGGCAGUCGUUUGCGCGCAUGGACCCGGACAAGCUCGAGAUUGACCGCCCGCUCGCGGAGACGGUGCAGCGCAACUUUGAGAUGGAGGAGAUGGCGAAACGCAAGGCGGAGGCCGAAGUUGACGAACAGGAGUACGUGCAGGCGCGGGCAGCGCGGCAGCGGCGGGAGCAGCUGAUGGAGAGCAACCCGCUGCAGCUCAUGUUCGAGUCGGAGGAGGACCCCACACGCCGACGCAUUCUCAGGCGCGACAUGGCAUUGCUGACGGGCCUGGGCUUCUCCGAGGUGAUGGCGCAGAAGGCGCUGUUUGUUGCCUCGGGCACACACACGGAGGCGCUGGCGUGGCUCAUGCACCACCAACACCACCCAGAUGUCGACGUCCCCUGGAACUCGACACAGCUCCAGGAGCAAAUUGCACUGCGCAACACACGCCGCGUCCUGUGUGGGAUUGACACUGAGCCAACAACGCAAGUGCUUCUUGCUGGGCAGCUGAACGUGUCUGUGGGUGUUGUGCGGCACGUGAGCAUCCUGGGACGCAAGGCGUGGCUCGUCUCCACGCGCGGGUUUGGCGCGCUCGCCAUGCCCGAGAUUGUCUUCAUCGUCAAGGCCGAGAGCGAGGAGCUGGCAGUGCCGCAGUGCAUCCUGAAGCUGUUGAAGAAGCUGUUUCGCCGGGCGAAGCGGGGCGCAUUCACCGCCGACCACGCCACCAUCAUCCGAUUCUCGCACGACGCCACGCCGUUCCUGAACAACCCUGAGCUGACGGGCGUGAUGCUGACACGCGAGAUGGGCCAGAGCCUGCAGGGGCUGCCUGUUCCCCACGGCAACUUUGUGCUCGCCCUACUGCUGUUUGGACACGAGGUGGACUGGGCAGAGCACCUCCCCUGCAGAUUCCUCCUCCAGCUUGGGCGGAACCACCGCGGCAACUACCCGUUUCCCAUCACAAACGACCGUUACCGCGAGCCCGUCAUCACAGAGGGCAUCGAGGAGAGCCACAAGUACUUCAAGUCCGCGAUCUUUGUGAAGCAUGCCAUCUGCAUGCGGGUGCAGAAUCCGCGCGCGUCGUCCCGCUUCCGCCGCAACCGCCGCCGCGAGCCGGCCCACUGGUACCUGCUGCACCUCCCAUCAGAGGCAAAGGACAUUGUCCGCAGAUACGUCGACAGCUGGAACUGCUCAACCUCAAUGCCCCUCGUCUGCGACUUUGCGCUUGGUGCAGAUGGAUACCUACUGCACCAGAACCAGUCCGCACGCCAACGCAUGCUCGCCCUUCCUAACGCCGUGGGAGCGGCAAUUGGUGGUGUCGCCAUCACAUUUGUUCGCGACAACCGCAAUGUGGGCACUGGCGGUACGCUGCACAAGGAUGUGCUCAUGUUCUACGCAAACGACACAGAUUACACAGAGAUCCGCUCAGCGCUCUCCCUUGGCCACGACAUUGAGAUCAAGCCCUCAAACAGAAAUCUGGACUGCGGUCUGCGCAUCAAGUGGCUGCCCUCUGCUGUGAUCAACUCGGGCCUGAGCCACAUCUCCUCCGAUCUGUUUCCGGACCGCACCGUCUACCCGUACUCGCACCGCGUGGGCAACUUGAGCGACGGGAUUGUGCUGCCGCUGAUUGCUGCUGAGACGCGCGAGAUGCUGUGUCCGGAUCUCCACCCUCGCCUCACCGUCCUCGGCGUCGGCGUUGGCGUCUCUGCUGUUGAGCUCAACGCGCGCAUUGACCGUACGCACCUCGAGCAGUACCUGUCGCUCUUGCUCGAAAGCGUCAGCGCUAAGAUGGGCAAGCUCAUCACAGAGCCGCCGUCGUCUGGGGAUGCAUCGCUCAUCACACUCCACAUUGACCUCGAACCCGCCGGCACAGACGCUUCUGCUGCCACGUAUCGCAUCUCCAAGAACUACGGGGACGUGUGUCCACAGGCGCCAGGUCUGACAAUGCGGAAAUGGAGCCGGAUGCUCCAUCCACUCCCCGCCCCGCCCGUCACCGCCAAAGUCGCACUUCAGGUGUCACUCGAACUCAUCUGAUCGAGCGGUCACGUUGAAUUCACCAAGUCACGCAGCGCUGGUGGCUACUGUUGAUGCCCAAACUGAUGACAUUGCAGUUGUGUUUCUACAGACUAAAGACAACGCACGCACACACGCGCGCGUGUGAUGCGUACCGUCUUUCUUUUUCCCCGUUCCCGCACUUUGGGUGGACUUGUUUGUCGAGUGGGGUUUGAUGACUCUGACUAACGUCGCCUUUGCUGAUUGACCUCCUUUCGUCGACGAACUGUGUCGUCGUUGUUGUAGUUGCUGUUGCUUGAGUUGCCCUUGUGGAGUGUUGCACUGCUAUUGUCGCUUUCAAUACCCGAGUGUUUACGUUCUCUAAUUGCCCUCCGCUUCCGUUGCCUGACUCGUUGCUGUUGACCUGCCUGUGCGCAUGUGUGCGUGCUUUCUUGCGCGCGUAUGUGUGUUGUGUGUGCAUGUGCAUGUGUGAAAUGGUGUUUGCCGUUCUCAUUUCGCCCUGCGCAGGUUGUGAAUGUGGCCAUCUUUUGUUAAUAUUGUUCGCUCGCUCGCUCGCUUGGUUCCGCUGCUUUGAUGCAACAGUUUGCGCGUGUGCGUGGCUGCGUUUGUUGUGGCUGCUCCCGAGUUAUCUUGGUUUCCUUUUAUUGGUUGGCGGUUUUGGCUUCAACUCAUAAAUGGUCUUUGCAUA